UACUACUUGUAUGUUGAAAAAUUUUGGUUUAUAUUUUUGUUUUUUCUUUUAAUAACAGUGCUGUCAAUGCUCCCUACAUUGAGGGAUGCCUUAAUGCAUCAGUUAAAUUCUGAGAGUCUCACAUCUCUUCUUAAAAAUAGGCCAGCAAACAAGUUAGAAAUAUGGGAGGAUUUAAAGAUAAUAAGUUUCACAAGAAGCAUUGUAGCUGUCUAUAGUACCUGUAUGCUGGUGGUUCUUUUGCGAGUCCAAUUAAAUAUUAUUGGCGGUUACAUCUACCUAGAUAAUGCUGCAGUCUGCAAGAAUGGCACAACACCACUAGCUCCCCCUGAGGUUCAACAGCAAUAUUUAUCAAGUAUCCAGCACCUGUUAGGAGAUGGACUGACUGAGUUAAUAACUAUCGUUAAACAAGCUGUGCAUAAAGUUUUUGGAAGCAUUUCCCUUAAGCAUGCCCUAUCUCUUCUGGAGCUGGAACAGAAACUAAAAGAAAUCAGGAAAGUAGUGGAACAUAAAGAUUCAGAUCAGGUCGCACCUUAUUCUCCCUUAUGUCAUUAUCUGAUGCCAGAUGAAGAAAACCCCCUCGCUACCCAGGCUUGUGGACUCACAGAAAGAGACACUGCUACAAUUAAAUUACUUAAUGAAACUAGAGAUAUGCUGGAAAGUCCAGACUUCAGUACAGUUUUGAGCACAUGUUUAAACAGAGGAUUCAGUCAACUGCUGGACAACAUGGCGGAGUUCUUCAGACCUACUGAACAGGACUUCUCUCAGAAUGGCUCUGUAAAUAGUCUCUCCAGCAUCAGUCUUCCUUUAGCCAAGAUAAUUCCAAUAAUAAAUGGACAGAUCCAUUCAGUAUGCAGUGAAACACCCAGUCACUUUGUUCAGGACUUGCUGAUGAUGGAACAAAUGAAAGAUUUUGCUGCUAAUGUUUAUGAAGCUUUUAGUACCCCUCAGCAACUAGAGAAAUGAACUGCACAUUAAUAGGAAUAGAUCAUGUAUUUAUAACACAUCUUUGUGACUACUGCUGAGAUUGGGGUUAAUUUUAUAAUGGCGUAGGAGUGGCAGAGCAGCAGGAAGAACAUACUGAAAAAACUGGGAGUGAGCCCAUAGUCAUUCCAUCUAAUACAAUUCUAUUUCAAAUGCCCAUCAAAAUAUUCUUGUUGAAAGAAUCACUGUAUGUAAAGAAUUUUCUAUUAAAAAGUUGUUAAACUCUUGCA